AUGCCUGCGCAUCGAUGGCCAAACCCCGGCUCAAGGGCCGGUGGCGUAGGACUAAAUUUGACGGGUGCCAACCACCUGGUUCUCUAUGACAUGGACUGGAACCCGGCCAACGACGCCCAGGUUUUUUGCGACUAUAUCCACUCACUUGCUCGUGUCUGGCGUGAGGGUCAGAAGAGGUGUGUCCGACUUUACCGCCUAGUGACGGCGGCCGGCAUGGAGGAACGAAUGUUACAGCGUCAGGUUGCCAAGCUAUCUCUAGCGAGCAGGGUCAUUGGCUCUGAGAAUUGCUAUUCAUUAAACCAACGUUCGAACUGCAGGCUUUCCAGAGAGGAGCUCAAGGUUAUUAUUAUUUUUCGCAUUUAA